AUGAGUAGACACAUAAGCUUCUUGUGCGUGUGGACUAUCGCAGUUGCGGUGGCUUCCACGGCCGAAGUAUCUCCGGUGUCUCAGGCCAACACCGAGGCCGAGAUGCAAAGCAACUUCACAAAUGCCCCGUGGACCGACGUUGGCCCCGAGUUUGAGGCGGCGAACGAGCUGCAGGGGGCCCUGGACGCCAAGAUGGACUCGCAGAUCGAUGAUGAUCUCGAGAGCGCCUCUGAUCUCCAAGGCAAAGAGAAUAAUAAGUCGGAGACGAUUUCUCGGGGUGGCGGGCAGAAGAUUAAGGGUGGGGAGCGAACGAAGAUCAGAUACCACCCCUACCAGGUCUCGGUAAUGUAUUUUCAAUACUUAUGCGGUGGCUCCAUCAUCAGUAAACAUUGGGUGUUAACUGCAGCACACUGCCUGAAUUCCACCAAUCCUUUCCAUUACCAUGUCCGAGCUGGCAGCAACUAUUUCAUGUUUGGAGGCACCAUCUAUGAAGUAUCCAGAAUACACAGAUUUAAAGAGUUCAAUCACAAGAACCGGGAUUAUGACGUUGGACUCGUGCGGAUCGCGGGCGAAUUCACAUACGGACCCUUAGUUCAACCCAUAAGCCUGAGCAAUUCCGCGCCCCGACCAGGCACCUCAGCGACCAUUGCUGGCUGGGGACUGACCUCGCACAACGGUUCAUUUUCCACGCAUCUGCGGGCCGUGCGUCUGAGUGUGGCGCCCCAAACGUCGUGCCGAAGGACCUUCGCGUUGAUGAACGAGCGCAGGUUCUGCGCAGGGCCCGCGCCUGGCGGCGGCGCUGCCUGCGCAGGGGACUCCGGCGGCGCCCUGGUGGCUGCGGGGGUGCAGCUGGGCGUGCAGGUCGCCAGCCGGUGCGAUUUGCCCGAGGCGCCCACCAUCUUCAUGAACGUCGCCUACUUCCGAGACUGGAUUGAAUUCUACACUAGAGACUGA